AUGCGCACCACCCAUUUAAACAGAACAAUGGCUGUCCCCCCUUCUUACACAGACCUGGGCAAGUCUGCCAAGGAUAUAUUCAGCAAGGGCUAUGGAUUUGGGCUUGUAAAGCUGGAUUUGAAGACUAAAUCACAAAGUGGAGUGGAGUUCAACACAUCUGGCUCCAGUAACACUGAUACAGGGAAAGCUGCAGGAAGCCUGGAGACCAAAUAUAAGAUGAAAGAGCUGGGCCUCAGCGUCAACCAGAAGUGGAACACUGACAACACUCUGGCCACUGAAGUCACUAUUGAGGACCAGCUGACUCAAGGACUGAAGGUGGCUUUGGAUACAUCUUUUGUACCAAACACUGGUAAAAAGAGUGGCAAGCUGAAGACUGGUUACAAGCGUGAAUUUGUGAACCUGGGUUGUGACGUGGACUUUGAAGGCCCCAUUGUCUAUGCUGCGGCUGUGCUGGGUUAUGAGGGCUGGCUCGCUGGCUACCAAAUGGCUUUUGAUACAGCAAAGUCUAAACUGACACAGAAUAACUUUGCUUUAGGAUAUAAGGCCGGCGACUUCCAGUUGCACACAAAUGUUAAUGAUGGGACAGAGUUUGGUGGAUCAAUUUAUCAGAAGGUCAACGAUGAACUGGAGACGGCAGUAACACUGGCCUGGACCGCUGGCAGCAACAAUACUCGCUUUGGUAUUGCUGGCAAAUAUAAGCUGGACAAAGAUGCAUCGCUGUCUGCCAAAGUAAACAAUGCCAGUUUGAUCGGAGUAGGUUACACUCAGAGUCUCAGGCCCGGAAUUAAAGUCACUCUCUCUGCCCUCAUUGAUGGAAAGAACUUCAACGCCGGCGGCCACAAAGUUGGCAUGGGCUUUGAGCUUGAAGCUUGA